UUAUUUGUGCUUUUUAUUUUGAAGGACUCAACCUGGGCGGCCGCUUGUUAGACUAGGAAAUGAAAGUGCAACUUAACCAAGUUUGUUUUUUAAUGUGUUCGUUUCCAAAAGGUGUGCGUGACGUUUUUCGGUAAUAUUGUUAAGAUGAUUUCUUUGGCAGCGCUUAAUUUGAGACGCAGCUCACUGUAGCUACGCUUUAAAGCAACGUUAGCCAACUAGCUAGCUCAGCAGGCUAACACCGGGAGACCGUCCUAGUCUAAAGAGAACGACCCACAGAGCAUGGCUCUACGUGACACACUUGAAAUCUACAUCCCGGUGGAGGCUGACGUCAAAUGCAUCCCCUUGUGGAGCUUACCAAACUCAAUUCUCAGACGAAUGAGCCUCCCCCUGUCUGAUUCUGAUGGCUCCAGAAAGCUCACAAACUCGCCAAAGGGCACAUGGAUCUGUCCAGUAGUCAUUCGUAGGAAAGGACUGCAAGCAGCGUCCGACACAGGCGCUGACGUGAAGAAAGAAUUUCUCUGCCUCAUGGGGAGAGAGUCCCAGGCUAAGUCUGUUCCCCACCGACUGUCUUUUGUCUCUUCCAACCGUACGGCUUACGAGGUGCUGAAGGCCACCAAGCACGGAAGCGCAGUCUCUGCAGAGACGUCUCACACCUCCCUGCAGUGUCAGGAUUUACCACCCAAGACCAUACAAGAUGCUGUUGUAGUUUACAAUGGGCAAAUCUACCUGUCCCUCAGGAAUGCUAAUCGAAAGCAGAGUAAGGGAAAGAUGUGCGACCCGAAGAGGGUUUCGCAAUCUUUUGCUCCUUCGACCUCAGAUUUGUCAUCUAAGACCCAGAUGAAGGUUUUUCCUGACAACAAGGCCUUGAAGAAGCAAAUCACAUGUGAAGUAACAAACAGUGAUAACACGGUAGAAGAAAAGGGGAGCUAUGUUACCACCUCCAUGAAUCUACAUUCUGUUCCUGAGUCCACUAACGGUGUGAACAUAUUGGACUGUCAGGAUGCCAGAACCGAGCAGGCCACAGACGAUGUGGCAGAUCUGCAACCUGAUCAGUUUAAGCCUCUGGAAGAGGAGGUGGCUAACAAUGUCAGUGGUGAAUGUGAAAUGCAGGAAGAGGCAGAGAGCCUCGAUCACACCAGUGUCAUGGACUUCUGUAUGUCACCUAAAUCCACUAGGAAAGAUGACCAAAGUAGCAACUACAGCUGGACCAGGGAAGAGCCUCUGGAAGCUGACACAUCUCUGCAGAAAGAGAGUGAAUUUAACGAUCUGGAACAAGACGAGCUUAUCGCUCGACUGAAAGCCAGAUUCAAAGAGAAAAAUGAUGCCUUAAGCAGUCUGUCUUAACAGUGAUGGUCAGUGUGCUGGGGUGGCAAAUUUAAUCAUUACGUGUGGUGGAAAAUUGUUGAAAAGAUGUCAUCAUAAACCUAUUCAUAAAAUCUCUCUCUAAACUCCCUUAAAUUUUUGUAGAUGAACAGCUGGUCUAAAAAUAAAAUUAUUUUUCAAUAGUGUAUCACAAAGAA